AUGGGUUUCUUGGCUUUACACUUGUUUAUCUUUCCUCGCAGACAUUGUUUUCUCAUAAAUAAGUUACCAGAUGCUGUCGAGUGGGAUUCACGAGAUACAGCAGUUCCCGAUGGUGGUUGUAACGAAGCCAUCGAGGGUGAUGUCGCUACCAACCUGAAGGAACUCCUGCCCUUCAUCGAGUCCAAGACCAUGGAGGACCGCAAGGAAUGGUUCAACAAGAUCAACGAGUGGAAGAAGAAGUGGCCCCUGACCGACUACGAGCGUGCCGAGCGCUCUGGCCUCAUCAAGCCUCAGACUCUGAUUGAGGAGCUCAGCAAUCUUGUUGCUGACCGCAAGGACAAGACCUACAUCGCCACUGGUGUCGGUCAACAUCAAAUGUGGACUGCCCAACACUUCCGAUGGAGACACCCUAGAUCCAUGAUCGCCUCUGGUGGUCUGGGUACCAUAGGUUACGGUCUGCCUGCUGCCAUUGGUGCCAAGGUCGCCCAGCCUGAUGCUCUUGUUAUCGACAUUGAUGGCGAUGCUUCUUUCAACAUGACACUGGCUGAGCUCUCCACCGCUGCUCAGUUCAACAUUGGUGUCAAGGUUAUUGUUCUUAACAACGAGGAGCAGGGUAUGGUCACACAAUGGCAGAACAUCUUCUACGAGUAUCGAUACGCCCAUACUCACCAGAGCAACCCCGACUUCAUCAAGCUCGCCGAGGCCAUGCGCAUCCAAAACCGACAUGUCUCUAAGCCCGAAGACGUUGUCGAUGCUCUGAAGUGGCUCAUUAACGCCGACGGCCCCGCUCUGCUGGAGGUUGUCACCGACAAGAAGGUUGCUGUCCUGCCCAUGGUGCCUGUCGGUUCCGGUCUACAUGAGUUCCUCGUCUUCGACGGAGAUAAGUUGCACGAACCCACAAGAAUAGAAAGUAAAUGCUGA